CCGCCGCCGCCGCCGCCGCCACCGCCACCGCCACCUCCGCCGCCGUUGCCUUUCUGUCUCCUCUCUCCCUCCGUACUGGACUCCGGUGCAUUUCCGGCCCGGGGGGGAAUUCGCCGUCGACCCGGCCGGGGCGCGGGUGGCUGCGGCCGGCCCGCGGGGUGGGCGUGCGCCGAGGUCUCCGUGCACCCGCGCGAGGCCGAGCGGCCGCCAUGGCCGACGUGAGUGUGGAUCAGUCCAAGCUGCCGGGCGUGAAGGAAGUGUGUCGAGAUUUUGCUGUCCUGGAGGACCACACCUUGGCUCAUAGCCUGCAGGAACAAGAGAUUGAGCAUCAUUUGGCAUCAAACAUUCAGCGGAGCCGUCUGGUGCAGCAUGAUCUACAGGUGGCUAAGCAGCUCCAAGAGGAAGACCUGAGAGCCCAAGCUCAGCUCCAGAAGCGCUACAAAGACCUUGAGCAGCAUGAUUGUGAAAUUGCUCAGGAAAUUCAGGAGAAGCUGACCAUUGAGGCAGAGAGACGACGUAUUCAGGAGAAGAAGGAUGAGGACAUAGCACGUCUUUUGCAAGAGAAAGAGCUACAAGAAGAGAAAAAGAGGAAAAAGCACACCCCAGAGCCUGUUGGGGGCCGUGCUUUUGGAGACAGCUACUAUCAUGAAGAUGGAGACCAGCCAAGGUCAAGGAGGGCCAGGGAAUUGGGUUCUGGAUACUCAAGGUUUCAUAAACUCCAAAAUGAUGGGAAGACUAUAAAACAGAAGAAGGAGAAACCAAGGCAUCUACGGGAGAACUUGGAAGAGCUGGAGGAACCCUGUUCAUCAGAGAGAUCUCUGCCUUCUUCUAGCUCUGGCAGAAGGAGGGAUGGUGCUCAACCUUCCAAUGAUCAUCAUGAAAGAAAGCGGACUGGUCAAGAGAGACUCUGCAAACCUCCACUUCCGAAGAUCAGUGGUGAGGUGUUUCUGAGCACGGAAUCUGAUGACUGGGAGGCUCACAGUAGCUCUAGAACUCGGAGUUGGGAAAAGCAGUCUCGACAUCAUGGCAGACUUUCACCCAAGUCUUUACAGAAAACAGGGUUUCCUUCUAAGGAAGGUGUGGGUGGGUGGGACCGUGGGCAAGGCGAUCACAGAGAAAGGAGACAUAAGCCCAGGACUCCUUCCUUCUCAGAGGAUGAAGACCUUCAGAACCACCAUGAUGCAGGAACGAAACCAAGAGGAGUAAAAGAAGCUGUCGGUACGCCUGCACGAGUGACCCACAGAGAUCAGGAAUGGUAUGAUGCUGAAAUUGCUCGAAAAUUGCAAGAGGAAGAACUUUUGGCCACCCAUGUGGAUAUAAGAGCGGCUCAGGUUGCCCAGGAUGAGGAAAUUGCUCGGCUUUUGAUGGCUGAAGAAAAGAAAGCUUACAAGAAAGCCAAAGAGCGAGAAAAGUCAUCUUUGGACAAAAGGAAACAUGACCCUGAGUGCAAGUCAAAAGCAAAGUCAACACACUCAAAAUCCAGAGAGAGUGAAGAAGCCCACCGUUCCAAGAUUGACAGACCAUCACGACCACCACCAUCUACAGUGAUGAACCCUGAGGAUCUGGACCACACCCAUUUUACAAACCAGCAUAGUGCCACUCGUCAUUUCUCAAAGUCGGAGUCCUCACAUAAAGGUUUCUAUAAUAAGCAGUAAAACAAAACAAAACAACAACAACAGAGAGGGAACCUGCCUUGAGAAUGGACUUGCUGCAGCACAUGUUAACUGAAUGAUACAAAAUGCAUCCCACGUUGGCUGCUCCCCUUCUGUGUGCCAUUCCUGGGAGUUACUCUCAAGUGUUCUCCUAACUAUAAAAUUCCAGUUCACUUCAGAUGUUUUGGUUGUUCUGGUCACUUGGGCAGUGUAAGGAAAUAUAGCUUCUGAAUAUUGGCCACCUCUUCUCUGAAUAGAUUUCCUGGGAUGUAAUUAGAAAUGUGUGAAAAGACACUUGCUAGGUACUUGAUAGUGACAUCUAGGGAUUAGGGUUUUAUUUAGCAAUUAGAAGUGUACAGAGAUACAUUUUCAAAUAAAUCAUAACAUUUUGAUCCAAGAAAGUAUAAUUCAGUAUAUGAAAUAGCCACUUGGUUGUUUGUUUGAUAUUUUGAAGGAUACAGUGUUUGGUCUUUAUCCUCCUCAGAAAAAGUAAAAUCACAAUAGUAAAAUGUAGGGGGAAAUUCCCAGAGCAGUGGAUUCUGGCUACAUGAAUCUGUAGAGGCUCUGGAUAGAUGUGUAACUAACCUGGUAGGAAAGUUUCUCUGGGAGUCUUGUUGUAUCAUUGUACUGCUAUUUCCUCAGUAGCAUGUCUUUCUGAAGCCCUUGGGCAAUGCAUCACAUGCUAAUAUUUAUUUGUAAAAACCCGAAUUGCCCGAUACUUUCACUCAGGUUCUUGAAGAAUCACCUGAAAAUUAAAGAAAAAUAACCUUUCCUAGCCUUGAUUUUUUUUAAUUUAAUUGUGGAGCCAAAGGAAAUAGAACAAUUUUCUUAAGAGUUGAUGAGAUCAGUCUUAUUGCUGUGUAUAUCAAGUGUCUUGCUCCUAGGAUGUAGCAGUUUUUGUUGGCAACCACUCAGUGAUGUUUUGUGCACCUGUAAUGAUUAGAUUAAUUCAACAUAAAGUUGAAUUUGAUGAAAUGAGUCAUUAUCCAGGCAUACAGUUCUGCUUCUAUGUUGAUGGCCAUUGUAUUCUUUUCCUCAAGACCUUUAAACUCUUCUUCAAAACUUGAGUUUUUGUCUUGCUGUGAAUUUAUAGAGUGUUUAUUUGCCCAUAACACUUAGUUACUAUAAAUGGCAGCCAAGCUAUGUCUAUAUCUGAUUGGCAUUCUCCCUUGCUGUUCUUUUCAUUGUGUGGAAUUUUUUUGUUAUUUUAAUAUGCUGUUUAUUUAGGAAAGAAGAAAACAGGUUGCUGAGAAAAGUAAUUUAGGGACUGCCUGCCUUCCAUUUUCCUUGUCUUUCCAGACAGUUUUAACCUUGGGGAGGAUUCGUGGAAACUGUUCCCAAUAGAUUUUUAUCUCUGAUUUUAUAUCUUUGGUUUCAUAAAGUUACCUAUGAUAGAAAUUUGGGUGAAUAGCAGUGAAGGGUGAAGCUGUGGGCAAAUAGUAAUUUUGGAUCAAACAAACCAAGCAGGCAAACAUUUGGGAAGAGUGGAGGAGAGGGGAAUUAGAGGCCUGAGUGCUGGCCAUGAAAUACAUAUAGGAAGAUCUUUCAGACAAAUGGAAAAUCUAGCCUUAAGUCAGAAUUUGCACAAUGGUUUCCAUAUCAAAGCGUAAUCUUGUUGGUUUAUGUUAAUACUGUAUCUUUCUUUAUCUGCCCUGUGAUUUUACUUCAUAUUUUUAAAGAUUUUUUGUAAUGUUAACCUUAAAGGAAAAGUAUAGUUGCAUUUUAUUUGUUAAUUAGGCAAAACAGAUAACAUCUUUGGCCAUAUUUUUGUUUUAUAAUGUUUAUUUUUCUAUCUCAUGAAAUGAUCACUCUUACUUUAAAAAUGCAUUUCUUUUGCCUUUUAUGGACUUCAUUUUAUCACAUUUAUUACUGUAAAAUGAACAUGUUUCAGUUUAAAAAAUGCCAAGCCACUUAACCUGAAUGCUGGAGUCUUACUUGUUUCGGUGGACGGCCAAAGGCAGAGCUGCCCAGGUGAUAGCCAGCUCAACAUCAGUAUUGGAAAAUUUGUUACUUUUUAAAAGUUUUUUUAAGAGUAGAAUUUUAAAAUAUUUUGUUUAUUUUUUGUAAAGUGAACAGUUUUAAGAGUAUCAGUAAUUACUACUUAUGACUAAAAAGAUAGAAAAUAUUCUUAAUUAUUCUUAAUGUUCUCAAAUUUUUGCUAUCACUCAAAUAAUGCAUUUUUGAGAUGAUAGGAGCCACUAACAGCUCUUAAUGGACUGCUACUCUUCACUGUGGGUUUUCCUCUUUAAUUCAUCACUUUUAUAGAAAAAUGAAAGCAUUCACUUUGUUCCUCCUGCUGUUGAAGUACAUGCAGUUUAAUACUUAGGUCCUUACUGUAUUAUGAUUUGCUGUCAAUAUUUAGACUAAAUCUUCUGUCCUCGAGAAAUGUUUUGUUUCUAAAUUUCCCUGCAGGUCCUGCUCUUAUGACACCAGUAUUACUGAAUGAGCACAGUAUGUUAAGGAGCCUCAUCACAAGGCUACCUGGCAUGACACUUGCUCUUACCUUUCCUAAAAUAUUUUAAAUAUUCACUUAGCAAAGAAGGUAGUUAAAAGUCAGAUUAAAUAUCCUGACAUGAAAGAAAAUUGAUUCCAGUAUUUAAGCUACUGUUAGUCAUAAUUGCUUUGUUGGGAGAAUAGAUAAUUGCUUCUUUUAUUCUCAAAGAUUAUUGAGAAUUUUUGGAAGUGACUUUGCAUGUCACUGAAAUGUUAUGGGUCAAGUGAUUUUAUGACAGAUGGCAGUAUAAUAAUGAACUAAAAACCAAAACAGCAACACCCAAAUGUUUUCUGGUCUUUGAGAAACAUCUGAAUUAGGUAGAGAGAUGUGUAUAGAUAUGCAACAGAAGAAACCUUUUCAUAGUGGCCUUGGUCACAUGGACCUAGAUAACCAUGUUCUAAAAUAUGUAACCUGUGUUCCAUUGGACUCUUCAAUACUGUGAUAGCUUCUCUAAAUCUGUUUGUGCCAAAUUGAAAAAAAAGCCUUCUAUAAUAUGGUGCAUUCAUUCUGUUUACCACAUAAGUGGUUAACAUUUUACAGUCUUGAUUUUUAAUGAGCAAUGCCUUUAUAUAAAACUUGCAUUGGAAAAUAUGAAAAUCUAUUAUUUGAUACUUUUAAAAGAUAACUUCAGAUUGGCUGAGGUCAUCAGCCUAAUGAAGGGAUGAGGCCCAUGGAGAAAUAACUCAGAGAACAGACAGAAUAGGGCUUGAAAUAAAAGGCUUCUUCUAUUUGGGGAGGGGGGGCAUUGACAUUGAAAGAAAACAUCGCGAUGCCUUGAUUUCACUGCCUAUGCUGUGUCAUUCUCUUGUAGGAGGCUUUUUAGAACAACCUCUAAGAAAAAUCAAAACCUGAUCUUCCAGAUAAAAACGAUUUUUAAAGUAUAUAAUGUGUGUGUUAUAUGCUGCUCACAGCAGAGAAGUGACCCCAUUUCUCUCCCUUCUGUUGGUAUCUGUAUGCUUUAGAACCAUAGCUGUGUAUCUGACUGGUGACACAAUGCUUAGUUCUUCCUACCCUGUGGUAGGACAAUGUCGGCCAAAAGAAGCCUAUUGUCUUCUUAAUACUGCAUGGAGCAGUAUUCUCCCAAUAUGUGAUGAAAGUUGUUUUGUUUGGUUGGGUUUUAUCAUGAUGAUAUGUAAGACAAUUAAAGGGAAGACUCAGAGGCUUUGGUUGCUUCUGCUAUGUAACUCAUCAGAAAUGCUCAAAUUUACUUGUAGAGGCUCCAAGAAAGCAAGAAUAAGCUAGGAAAUCAUUAAUGAUGAGUCACUUUUCUGAUGAGCUCUGCACUUUAUGUCAGCAAUGUCUGUGAAGAUCAGUUUGCCUUAAAUUACUUUGAGUCCAACUGAGGCCAUUGUGUUUGGUGUAUAUGAACUCCUGUGAGCCCUCCAUUGGCAUACAAUUCAUAGAAGCAUCUCAUACAUCAUCAGCAUCAUCUGGAGCUUUGAACUUCUCUCACUAAACGUGGGUCAACUUGUAAUAUUAACAGAUGUAUUUCUCACUUCCUGGAGCAGCAGAGGCAUGGCCAGAAGCACUGCUAGUGGAGAAUUCCCUGGCUGGAAUGUUCACACACAGUGAUCACUUUCUGAACUGUUGAGAGCUUCCUGUUCCUUUUUGUGAUGACCUUGCAAAACAUAUUCUAAGGGUUCUGUGGUUCAAUGACAACAGUAAUAUUUUUAAAGAAUUUUAACAAUUAUGUUUAUGCAUUAGAAUGUUUAUUUACCAUUAACAAAAAUAGGGAAAAAACAAACAACAUGGAGAUGCUUAUUUGACAUGGUGAUGUGAAGAGUGUUGUAGUUUAUUACUUUUAAAAGAAUUAAGCAGGAAACAUGUGCUGUGGUAGAGAAGAUAGAAGAACAGCUUUUAUAGGCUGUGUUUGAUGUCACAGACAAGCACAACCAUGCAAGCAAUCACAAUAGUGUUUACCACUGAAAGCCAUUCUCUUUCCCUUAUAAAUCCGAACACUGCUACUAACAUGUUCAUCAUAGGCUUAAUAUGCCUUUGUACAUGUUAAGCAAAACAGAAAGUGGUUUUCUCUUUUUAAGCUGCUUUUCAUGGUAUACUGAUUUCAGCAUUUAGAUCAGGGCAGAAUUAAUUAUGUAACUGUAUUGCCCUGGUCUUUAUUGGUAAGAUUCAAAUAUGAAGGAUUCUAGCUAAAACUUUGGUUUUAGAAGUUGUCAACUUCUGAAUAAAUUGUCUCUAAAUUCCCACAGACUAUAGCUUUAGCCCUUGCUGUAAUCCAAAAGGCAGAUGCCCUUUUUCCAUGGCAGCUGUAUUUUCCAUGUAGCUUUUAGUGAGUAACCACACAUUGAUUUCAUGAAAUGAUGUAAAUAUUAGAAAGUAAAAUGUGGAAAUGACAUAUAAAAGUGACAUUGUGAAAUGACAAGUCUCUAUAAUGUUGGCUAUCUCCUAAGAACAAUCUAUUGCUGCAAAACAUUUGAAAAAUGCUAGAUUUGAAAGUACAAGUUUGUUUCAUAAUCAAGUUUCUCAGGAAAUUUGAGGUGAUACUGCCAUUUGUCUUAUAAUUUAUAGAGGUAAUCUCUUGAGCUAAACUCCGCAGGCCCUACACAUUUCGUUUGGCAAGAGUCCUUUAGUUAUGGUGAGAUAAAUACACUUAUACAACAGAUGAGUUGGAAUCCCAAAUGCUGGUCAAUUUAUAGUCAAGGUAGGAGGGGAAGUUAAUGGCUGUGAAGUAUGCAUUUCAUGGAGCUAAACAGAACCUCAGUAGAAUAUUGUCUCUUGUCUGAAGAAAGAGACCACCUCACACCACAUGCCUAUGUAGAGAUUGAGUAAAACUGUGAGGGACACUGUGUAAAUGCCUUAAGGUGACUGGUAGAGGUUUGGUGGGCAUGUAUGCAGCUAUCUGAAUUAGGCUGCGGGAAACAGUCUGUUCCAAACCAUCUUCGUACAGCCUCAGUUGCUCCUGUCCAUUACCUUGUUGAGGAAGAUGAGAAAUAUGGUGCUGGUUACUUUCAUUUAUCUGGGGAGGCUGAUGUCAUUGGUUAACAUGGCCAGUGCCCAAGCCUUCCUUCAAUACCACUUGUACAUCUACAUCUGUUCAUCUAUGCAAGCUUGUAUUUUGUGGUUUGUAUUUGACACCUGAACAUCAGGGUUAGCAUUGGUGUUAUAAAUACUUUUUAAACCAAAGUAUUGUAUGAAUAAGUCUGUGUGCUUUGUUUUUGUGGAAGGUUUGAGGUAAAUACCUAUCUUGUCUUCUCUUAAUAAAGUCACCCAUUUAUUAUGUCAA